CAAUCAGGUGCGGUGGAUGCAGCGAGCGUGUGAAAUCGGUGUUAAAUGUCCCCACACUGUCUAUAAGAGAGGCACUAAUUUGGGGAUUUGAUGAUGCUAAUUGUUUCAAAAGUUAACUAAAAAAAAAUGCAAAAGAGCAGGCACAGGUCACGAUUCAGAACCCAGGCAAAUGCCACUUGAUAAGGGAUUGGUCAUUUCAAGUAAUUUCAUGGGGUUUCUUGGGAAUAAUACAAAUACUCUUCGGAAUGAGUCUCCAAACCGGGUUUGUGGGGUGUUUUACAAAUUUACAGCGCGGAACGAGCCCGGUGGUAAUUCAAGUGAAAGCACCGUGAACUCGCGUUCUUGUUGCGUAAUGUUAACACACGGGCGGCGGAGAAAAUUGGAAUUGGGCUCCCGUGGAGAUGGGAGCAGACCCUUGGGUUCUGGUCAUUGGGACAUCUCUACCAGCAAUCGGCAUUCAUCACCCAACUUUUACCAGUUAACUAAAAGAUAACCUGGUCACCAGCUGACCAAUUAGUUGUCCAUUGGCUGUGGAAGUAGAUAUCCUUCUAGUGUUGCUCUUAGACCGCCCCGCUCUACUGAUGCCCCCGGUUCUCCCUCAUUGGUUGGAUCUCUGAUCACCCCCGCCCCUCCUCUCCUUCCCCCUCAUGCUAAAUCGAAAUUUGGGACCCUCUUUGAAGCCGGUGACUUUUGGAUCAACAACAACACGUUGCAUUCAUACAGCGCCCUCCACCCAACCAAACAUCGCAACAAGCUUCACCUGGAGGCUUGUCAAGUGAAAGAGUUGGUGAAAGUUGGAGGAGGAGGACAGGGAAAAGCCAGAGCUCAGUGUCAUAUAGUAGCUGAGGGCGAGUGACUGAAAUGACGGAGGAAGUCGUGAGGGUUGGAAGGAGGAAUUGAGGGCAGUGGACAGAGCCCGCCUGGGAUCUGGGGGAAUCAGCGGUGGCAAAUUUGGAAUGGAAAUUAUUGAAAACCAUUUUGACUGCCUGGGAGCUACUUGCCGGGGCUGGUAACCGACCUUUGCCGGCACAACAAGGAGCAGGAAACAUCAAUCCACCCCGAGCAAGAUCCGACAUAUUCAUGAUCUUGGAGCAACAGGCAAACCAGAUCCCCAGGAACGUGUCCCUUAUGACUUUCCAGGAGGAGAAUGCCUCUGUAGCGCCAGGACGAGUGCUGAGUGUGGAACCUGCUGCGAGGAGGGACCCUGAGGACGACAUGCUGUGCCUGACCACCACUCUUCGCCAGCUGAAUCUGUCAGGAUGGUACUGGGGCUCACUCACCGCCAAUGAGGCGAAGCAGCAGCUGAACAAGAUGCCGGAGGGAACCUUCCUCAUCCGGGACAGCUCUCACCCCAGCUACCUGCUGACCCUGUCGGUGAAGACCAGCCGUGGUCCCACCAACGUCCGCAUAGAGUACAGCAAUGGCAAGUUCUGCUUGGACUCUUACUACCUGGCCAAACCCAGGAUCCUGGCCUUCAGGGAGGUCCUCAGCCUCAUCCAGCAUUACGUCACCUCUUGCAUUGUGGACCGAUACGACAAGGCAGUGGAUACAACGGCCCUUCCGCCCAAGGACACUGCCAUCCACCUGAAACUCAUCAAGCCCCUUCACAGGAAGGAUUCCUUCCCCUCCCUCCAGCACUUGUGCAGAUUGACUAUUAACAAGGCCACACGACAAGUGGACAAACUCCCAUUACCAAAACCUGUCCAGAGGUACUUGGAAGAGUACCCAUUCCUCCUCUGAGGUUUUUGGGAUGAAGGGGUGUUGGGGACAUUGGUGCAACAUUGGUGCUUCUUUUUAUUCUUGGCUGAGAGGCGGUCACUUCAUGGGUGCUUUAAUAACUUUGACAUGGAGCAGAUUAAUGCCACAUAUUGUACUGAGUUGUUCCACUGGACAAUUGAAUAGACUUAUUGCCUUGGUGGACUAGACCCGCGGAUUUGUUCAAUAACUAAAAUGUGAACCAAUGCAUAUUCAGAAUAUGUGGAUCAAGUGAUGUAAUUAAUGUGGAACAGAAUACAGAUCUGCAAAAAAUUAAACACAACUCUACAGCCUUUAUAUUAAAAGGAAUGCACUUUGAACAUUUUUAAGGUUAGUGUAUUUAAGAAAAAAUGACCAAAAGCAAAUGCAAUAUUUUCUAAUAAAGUAUUAUUAAAUCAC